AUGUCUAUCUUAACUAUAUCUAUUAAACAUUUAGCCAAGNUCACUCGAGACAUCGAGACCUCAGUUUGUCUCACUUUGGCUUCUUGGGCUCAACUUCCUUUGGUUCAUGUUCAAGAUGAGAUCAAAAAGAUGACGUUCGAGAUAUUAGUUAAAGUGCUGAUGAGCACAGCCCCUGGUGAAGAUUUGGACAUUCUCAAACUUGAGUUCGAAGAAUUCAUCAAGGGUUUAAUUUGUAUUCCCAUCAAAUUCCCAGGAACUAGACUCUAUAAAUCCCUAAAGGCGAAAGAGAGAUUAAUAAAGAUGGUUAAAAAGGUUGUGGAGGAGAGACAAGUGGCGGCGGGUACGACGGCGUCUCCGGCGAAUGACGUGGUGGAUGUGCUUUUAAGAGAUGUUAGUGACGGUGAUGAUUCAGAGAAGCAAUAUCAGCCGUCGGAUUUCGUCAGCGGAAAGAUCGUAGAGAUGAUAAUACCCGGAGAGGAAACAAUGCCAACGGCGAUGACCUUGGCUGUCAAAUUCCUAAGUGACAAUCCCGUCGCCUUAGCCAAACUCGUGGAGGAGAAUAUGGAGAUGAAGAGGCGGAAAUUGGAAUCGGGUGAAGUAUACAAUUGGACUGAUUAUAUGUCUCUCUCUUUUACUCAAAAUGUGAUAAACGAAACGCUGAGAAUGGCUAACAUCAUUAACGGAGUGUGGAGGAAGGCUCUCAAAGAUGUUGAAAUUAAAGGUUACUUGAUACCAAAAGGAUGGGGUGUAUUGGCAUCAUUCAUAUCGGUUCACAUGGAUGAAGACAUUUAUGAGAAUCCCUAUCAAUUCGAUCCGUGGAGAUGGGACAGGAUUAAUGGAUCGGCAAACAGCAGUAAUUGCUUCACACCCUUUGGCGGUGGGCAAAGGCUAUGUCCUGGUUUAGAACUGUCGAAGCUCGAGAUAGCCAUCUUUCUUCACCACCUCGUCACCCGGUACAGUUGGACGGCUGAGGAAGACGAGAUCGUGUCAUUUCCAACGGUGAAGAUGAAGCGGAGGCUCCCCAUCCGAGUGGCUAUGGUUCCCAUCUAAGUUGAAAAUCAUUAAUAGAUCCCUUAAAAGAACAGAACUGUUUGUGCGAAAGGAAGCAGAGAAGUAUAACAAAAUUAUUUUAUUUAAAAUAGCAGCGAAGAGAAGCAAACAAAGAAGAUUGGUGGGUAAGAUAGAAAGAGCCAUACGUACAGCUAGUGAUGGCUCAGAGAUCAUGAGAGAUUCUAAUUGUAUUUUUGUUUGUCAUGUCAAAUUAUAAGCGUUGGUUAGGUUGUCCCUUUCUCUUUUAUUUAUCGUACCAAACGCAAGUUGAGAUAUGAUUCCAAAUAUAUAUAUAUGGCUGAUUGAUAGA